UUAUUUAAAUGCCUCUCUCUUCUCUCUCUCUUCCCCUAUUAAAUUUUUUGAUUUCUAUAUCUCCCCUCAUUCUCUCUCUCUGUUGAAUUCUUUGGGUUUCUCCCUCUAGAAAGAAAGAGAUUAUAUUAUUAAAUAAAGAUGGGGGCUUUGUAUUCUUAUGGCAGAGUGAAUUCUCAAGCGAAGCAAAAGUCUUCUCAUUCACACCCUUCAAUCUCAAAAGCAUGAAUUGAGAAUCUAGGGUUUGACAGCACCAAGUCCAACAAGGUCUGUUCUUUGGUUCUUUUCUUGCUCUAUCACUCCAAAUAUUGUCAAUUUCUAUGUUAUAAUGUCUUGAUUUCUAUCUGGGUUGUCCUCUUUAUCAAUCAAUUUUCUUAGACCCAGUUGGUUCUGAUCUCCUGCCAGAAAUUUCAUUAGAAAAAUCGUAGCUUGUUCGGUUACAAAUGGGAUUUUGGCUAUCUAGGUACUUGUUUUUGUCUGAUGUGGAUUGUUGAACAUCCUAUGAUAAGUAGGCUUUCAGAGUUCCUGGUUUCUAUGGUGUGUUUUGGUUAAAUUUUUGGUCUUUCAGAAUUUAGGAUAGGGGUUAGUUUUUGUUAGUUUGGUUGGGGGCUAAAAUGGAGGACGUCGAAGAAGCUAACAAAGCAGCUGUUGAAAGCUGCCAUAGAGUUCUAAGUCUUUUUUCUCAGACCCAAGAUCAAGUUCAGUAUAGGAAUUUGAUGGUGGAAACUGGGAAGGCCGUGUCUAAGUUCAAGAAAGUUGUUUCCCUUCUCAAUACUGGUUUAGGUCAUGCUAGAGUUAGAAAGCGUAAGAAGCUUCAAAUUCCUUUUCCUGAAAGAAUCCUCUUAGAUAAUCCCAAUUGUAUUACAGACUAUCCAUCCAAAACUCCUCACUUUAUUCAGUCUAGCUUUCCUGAAAACCCAGUUCAAGAUUUGGGUUUAAAUGUUAAAAAUUCCUUGUGUUUGGGAAACCCAUCAUUGGAAUUAAGCACUAAUGGGAAAAAUCCGCUUCAACCGGCGCAACAAGCACCUCCAACACAGUAUCAUUUCCUUCAGCAACAACAGCAGCAACAGCAAGUGCAACAACAGCAACAGCAACAGCAGAGGUUGUUCCUUCAGCAGCAGCAGCAGAUGAAACACCAAGCAGAAAUGAUGUACCGUAGGAGCAAUAGUGGCAUAAACCUGAAUUUUGAUAGCUCUAGCUGCACACCUACGAUGUCAUCUACAAGAUCCUUCAUUUCUUCCUUGAGCAUAGAUGGAAGUGUGGCUAACUUUGAUGGUAAUUCCUUCCAUUUGAUUGGGGCUCCUCUCUCUUCGGAUCAGAAUUCACAACAUAAGAGGAAGUGUUCUGCAAGGGGAGACGAUGGGAGUGUGAAAUGUGGUAGCAGUGGUAGAUGUCACUGCUCAAAGAAGAGGAAACAUAGAGUGAAAAGAUCUAUUAAGGUGCCUGCUAUUAGUAACAAGCUUGCAGAUAUCCCUCCAGAUGAUUAUUCAUGGAGGAAGUAUGGACAGAAGCCAAUCAAGGGUUCUCCUCACCCUAGGGGAUACUAUAAAUGUAGUAGCAUGAGAGGUUGUCCUGCAAGGAAGCAUGUUGAAAGGUGCUUGGAAGAACCCUCUAUGCUUAUUGUUACCUAUGAAGGUGAGCAUAACCACCCAAGGAUACCAUCACAAUCUACAACGACAUGAAAUUCAUGGAGAGCCUCGCCAAGCCCAAGCCCAACAGUCAAUUUAUCACACCCUUAUCUAUGUUCGGCUUGAGAUGCUCCUGUACAUAUUUUGCAUGGUUCAAGCAUGACAUACAGUCGGAGCAGUUACUUUGGCUUUGGGGAGUUAGCUCUUCAAGCGUUUUGGCGUUCAGGCAAGCAGGCAUGAAUCCCCAGGGAGGACUGAAAGAAGUCUGUAAAAUUGGGUCAUCCUUUAAGAACUCUCUUUCAUGUUUUUUUCUUCCUUUUUUAGGCAAUCAAUGCUUUAAACAAUGUAGGGUUUUUGGAAUUAAUGAAAUGCCUUUCAUGUGGUACUUCUUGUUUUCAUUUA